CUUUUAAUCAAAAUUAUCAAAAUUCGAGCUCCUUUUUUGACGCCGGUUAGCCAGAUUUAUUCAACAUGACGAGUAUAGUGAGUCUCAACGAGGACUGUUUGCUUCAAAUUGUAGCGUUCCUUGAUAUCGAAGAUCAACUGCAGUUGUGGCAGGCCACCGAGUCCACUUCCCGACUCAAUUCUGUGGUUUCAUAUGCCUGGCAGCGCCAAAGUAAGCAUUCUAUUCACCGGGAAACAUUCGACGAUAGACCAGAACUACUCGAGGACUUUCUGCAAGCCAUAAGGUCGUCAGUGGUGGAACUCACAUUGAACUACUUGCCUAUGUCACAACUUGAACUGUGGAGGAAACAUGUAUUUCCUAAUAUACGGGAAUUGUACUACAUGGGGGAUGAAGACGGUGACGCAGACGUCGAUUCUGAGGUCGAAAUAUUGCUGCACUGUUUUCCCCUGGUGGAAUCCAUUGGUCUGGGCGGAAAUUGCUCUGGUCGGUACAUCGACCAAUUUAGAAAUCUACGGCGACUGGACCUUCAACUGUGCUGGUUCUUGAGCACACAGUGCUUUGAGAAUAUCUGCAGAAACCUUCCGUUGCAGUCCCUGAACAUUCAGUGGCGGCGGGCCGAUGAGGACGCCUAUGUACGAGCCAUCUCUACCUUACACGACCUGGAGGAACUCGAACUGGAGAUUGUCCAUUUGGCACCGGAAAAUAUCCCCCAGCUUAUAAACCUGCCAAAAUUAAGAAAACUUCGCAUUCACAACUUUGAUCAGUUGGACGAUCUAUUGUCGGAAAUUGGCCGGUUGCGGGGACAGGAUGUGGUGGCAGCCACAUGCAAAGACAGCAUUUGGACCCGUACUCCCGGCGUACUGGCUAAACUGCACAACCUCCGUUCCCUGACGAUUAUCGACGACGAGGGUUGUUGUGCCAUUGACUUUAGCGUUAUAGUCAACUGUUUUCCCCGUUUGGAACAAAUACAUCUGGAAAACUCUCGGAUCUGGCCAAAUGCAGAUGGUAUAUGGGAUGUUGUGGAUGCAUGUCCCCAUCUAACAGAUUUUACGAUAUCCAACAUGGUUCUAUACGAAGAAUUCUUUGCCUUCAGUGCGUCUACAAUGAAUCGUAUUUUAGAUCGGCGGGAGAAGACCCUGGUAAUGCAUUUAAAUGAAAACGAAAUGGAGUCUUUGAUUCGCGAGCGCUUUGUGCAUCCAAAACUGAAACUUUCCUUUGAGCCGACAAGUGAUGCUAGUUCAUCAGUACCUGAAGAAUGGAUGGAGUUGGAAUUGUUACCCAAGCUUUCGUGAUAUAGAAUAAGGUUUCGUUUUUUUCCACUGACCCUAAUUAUACGUAGUUUUUACGUAGUUUUAAAGGCUAUUUUCUCUUUAAAAUGUCCGCCAAAUAAAGAGGCUGAUAUUACACACUUA